CAAAUAAAUAAUAUAAUUUGUUCGAUUGCUGUUUUCCAGCCAAAGCAGCUGGCGUCGGUCAAGCCGUCCUGGUCAUGCUGCUCAUAUCAUCCAUAGCAUGUUAUAGAAUGCAAAAGAAUAGCAAGGCGGCUGCGGACAUAGAGUACCCGGCGUACGGUAUCACCGGACCCAACAAAGAUAUGUCGCCCACUGGCGACCGGCGCUUGGCACAGUCCGCCCAAAUGUAUCAUUACCAACACCAGAAACAACAGAUCAUCGCUAUGGAAACGAACAGUUCAGUUAAAGAAAGUCGAUGCGGUUUAGUUAGCGAUCCGGACAGCGAUGAUGACAACGAGGAAGGCGAUUAUACAGUUUACGAAUGCCCGGGAUUAGCACCUGCAGGAGAAAUGGAAGUGAAAAAUCCGCUGUUCCUGGACGACAACACGCCGGCGUCUCCCAACGCUGUUAUAACUAGUAAAGACAAUAUUCCGGGAAAUGGUGUCAUACCAACAGUACCCGUCCCAUAAUAGAUUAAUAUAAUCACCUACCACUCUAUAAAACAUUCGUCUAUAGAUCCAAAAUGU